GCCGCCGCAACCGCCACUCCACAUUCGCUACUGCUGCCGCACGCCACCACGCCGCGCCACUCCGGCCCGGCACAACCACAACAACUUCACACUCCGCAGCGCGGCGCGCUCAACACGUUGUGGGACGGACACUGGGCGACAUAACCUUGCCAAUAUCAGCUGGAGCCAGGAGGUCCGACGCGACGCACCGCGACCGCGACCACUGGACCUGCACGGCCUGCACCGAGAUCACUGCGGAACUGCGGACGGGACCCCGGGCCGGUAGUUGUGCCCAUACCCGAUCCGUGUGCGCGUUCGCCACCCGCCACCGGACCAGGUCCAAGCCGACGGCUUCCUCGACAAGAUGUGCCUCACGGCCGCGGAGCAGCAGCCCUGCGCUCUGGUCCUGGAGGAUGGCACCAUCUUGCAGGGCCGCUCCUUCGGGGCGCCGGUGCCGACGCACGGCGAAGUCGUGUUUCAGACGGGCAUGGUAGGAUAUCCUGAGUCUUUGACAGAUCCCUCUUACCAUGCUCAGAUUUUGGUGCUAACUUACCCUUUAGUUGGAAACUAUGGUGUUCCUAAUGAAGAACUUGAUGAACAUGGUCUCCCAAGUCACUUUGAAUCCCGUCGCAUUUGGGCCUCUGGCUUGGUUGUCGGUGAGAUAUGCGAUACUCCAAGCCAUUGGGCUAUGGCCCGGACUCUCUCUCAGUGGUUGGGAACACAUGGUAUCCCUGGAAUAUGUGGCAUCGAUACACGUGCGUUGACUCAACGCCUUCGUGAACGUGGAUCAAUUUUGGGGCAUAUUGUGAUGGGGCCAAAUCCUGCACCCUCUCAGUCCCUCUCAUUUGUGGACCCCAAUUCUCGCAAUCUUGUUGCAGAGGUCUCAAUCAAGGCACCUGUCACUUACAACCCUAGUGGCACACCAAGAAUUUGUGCUGUAGACUGUGGCUUGAAAUACAACCAACUGCGUUGUCUCUUAAAACGUGGUGUACGUGUAGAUAUGGUACCCUGGAACCAUCCUUUGGACCCAAGCCAGUUUGAUGGACUUUUCCUUAGUAACGGUCCUGGUGAUCCAGCAAUGUGCUCUGUGACUGUUGAAAAUAUCAAGAAACUCCUUGCUGCCAAACCUGGAACGCCACAACUAAAACCAAUUUUUGGUAUUUGUCUUGGUCAUCAAUUGCUGUCCACUGCUGCUGGUUGUCGCACAUACAAAUUGAUCUAUGGAAACCGUGGUCAUAAUCAACCUGUCACUCAUCAUGGAACAGAACGUUGCUACAUGACUUCACAAAAUCAUGGUUUUGCAGUUGAUGCUCAGAAUUUACCCUCUGGAUGGAGUGCACUUUUUACGAAUACUAAUGAUAAAUCAAAUGAAGGCAUCGUUCAUGAUUCCAUGCCAUUUUUCAGUGUGCAGUUUCACCCAGAGCACACUCCUGGUCCUGAAGAUUUGGAGUGCUUGUUUGAUGUGUUUCUUGAUGAAGUGAAGGCUCAUGCUCAAAGCUGGGGACGGGGAUCUGGUAUGAAGAUGGCUGAUCGCAUUCAUGACCGACUUGUUUACCGCCCAGCACCAGGUGUUGUUCCUCCUUGCCCAGAAAAACCACCUCGAAAGGUUCUUAUUUUGGGUUCUGGUGGUCUUUCAAUUGGUCAAGCAGGCGAAUUUGACUAUUCAGGCUCCCAAGCUUUGAAAGCUUUGAGGGAACAAAAUAUUCAAACAGUUCUCAUCAAUCCAAACAUUGCAACAGUUCAGACUUCUAAAGGACUGGCAGACAAAGUUUAUUUCCUUCCCCUCAUUCCUGAAUAUGUUGAGCAGGUGAUUUGUCAUGAAAGACCAGAUGGCGUACUCCUCACUUUCGGUGGUCAGACUGCCCUAAACUGUGGGGUUAAACUGAAUGAAACAGGUGUAUUUAAAAAAUACAAUGUGAAAAUCCUAGGUACACCAAUUCAGGCUAUUAUUGAUACAGAAGAUCGCAAAGUUUUUGCAGAAAGAGUUAACGAGAUUGGAGAGAAAGUUGCACCAAGUUGUGCAGUUAACUCUGUCCAAGAAGCCUUGGAUGCUGCUGAAAAACUAGGAUACCCUGUCUUAGCACGCGCUGCUUUUUCAUUGGGAGGACUUGGAUCAGGUUUUGCUAAUACUGCUGAAGAGCUGAGAGUUCUUGCUACACAAGCUUUGGCCCACUCAAGCCAACUGAUUGUGGACAAAUCCCUUAAAGGCUGGAAGGAAGUGGAGUAUGAAGUUGUAAGAGACGCUUAUGACAAUUGCAUUACUGUUUGUAAUAUGGAGAAUGUCGAUCCUUUGGGAAUUCAUACUGGAGAGUCUAUUGUUGUGGCGCCCAGUCAAACGCUUAGUAACUACGAGUACAACAAACUCAGAAGCACAGCUUUAAAAGUUAUUCGCCACCUGGGAAUUGUUGGUGAAUGUAAUAUUCAAUAUGCUGUGAGCCCUACAUCAAAUGAAUACUACAUUAUUGAAGUCAAUGCCAGAUUGUCUCGUAGUUCAGCUCUAGCAAGCAAAGCCACGGGCUAUCCUUUGGCCUAUGUUGCAGCCAAACUUUCCCUUGGAUUGAGACUGCCUGAUAUUCGAAAUUCCGUCACUGGUUCAACAACUGCUUGUUUUGAGCCAAGUCUUGACUAUUGUGUAGUUAAGAUACCCAGAUGGGAUCUUGCAAAAUUUGCAAGAGUUUGCUCCAAAAUUGGAAGUUCUAUGAAGAGUGUUGGAGAAGUUAUGUCUAUUGGUCGAUGCUUUGAAGAAGCAUUCCAGAAAGCUUUACGCAUGGUUGAUGAGAACAUAAAGGGAUUUGAUCCUUCUAUAAGGUCUGUUGAUGAUGCAGAACUUGAAGCACCAACAGACAAGCGCACUUUUGUCUUGGCAGCUGCAUUGGCUGCUGGAUAUACCAUUGAUAGGCUGUAUGAGCUAACUAAAAUUGAUCGCUGGUUUCUUCAUAAGAUGAAGAAUAUAAUUGAGUUCCAGUCUACUUUAGAGUCUCUUAGUCAAGGAACUCUCUCUCGUGAACCACUCAUCCAAGCAAAACAACUUGGUUUCUGUGAUACUCAAAUUGCAACCUUUGUGAAGAGUACAGAGCUUGCUGUGAGGAAAUUCCGAGAGGAAGUGAAAGUUUUACCUUUUGUGAAACAAAUAGAUACUGUGGCAGCAGAGUGGCCUGCAGUGACAAAUUAUCUGUACCUUACCUACAAUGGUCAUUCACAUGACAUUGCUUUCAGUGGGGGCUCUACAAUGGUGAUUGGAUCUGGUGUGUACCGUAUUGGAAGCUCUGUGGAGUUCGAUUGGUGUGCUGUUGGUUGUCUGAGAGAACUGCGACGAUUAGGGAGAAAAACUAUCAUGGUCAACUACAACCCUGAAACUGUCAGUACUGAUUAUGACAUGGUUGAUAGACUAUAUUUUGAAGAGAUAUCUUUUGAAGUUGUUAUGGAUAUAUACAAUGCUGAAAAUCCUGAAGGAAUCAUUUUGUCUAUGGGUGGACAACUGCCCAAUAAUAUAGCAAUGGAUUUGCAUAGGCAACAAGCUCGAAUCUUUGGCACCUCACCAGAUUCAGUAGAUGGAGCUGAAAAUAGGUUUAAGUUCUCUCGUAUGUUGGAUCGCAUUGGAAUUGGUCAGCCAAGGUGGAAGGAACUCACAAACUUGGAAUCUGCCAAAAGUUUCUGUGAUGAAGUUGGCUAUCCAUGUUUAGUCCGCCCUUCCUAUGUGCUGAGUGGUGCAGCCAUGAAUGUGGCACAUACUCCACAGGACCUUGAAACAUACCUGAACACUGCUAGCAAUGUCAGCAAAGAGCACCCUGUUGUUAUUUCAAAAUUCAUAUUGGAGGCUAAGGAAAUUGAUGUUGACGCAGUGGCUUGUGAUGGUGCUAUUAUCUGUAUGGCAGUCAGUGAACAUGUGGAGAACGCUGGUGUACAUUCUGGAGAUGCUACUCUUAUCACACCACCACAGGAUAUCAAUGAACAAACCUUGAGUAAAAUAACUGCAAUUGCUAAGGCUAUUGCUGGUUCCUUAGAAGUUUCUGGACCCUUUAACAUGCAGUUGAUUGCAAAGGACAACGACAUUAAAGUUAUUGAGUGCAAUGUGAGAGUGUCAAGAUCUUUUCCAUUUGUUUCAAAGACAUUGGAUCAUGAUUUUGUUGCAAUGGCCACUCGUGUCAUUAUUGGAGAGAAAGUAGAACCUGUGAAUGUCAUGGCUGGAUGUGGUAAAGUAGGAUGCAAAGUACCCCAGUUUUCAUUCUCACGUCUUGCAGGAGCUGAUGUGAUGUUGGGCGUUGAAAUGGCAUCUACUGGAGAAGUAGCAUGUUUUGGUGAAAACAGAUAUGAUGCUUAUCUCAAAGCAAUGAUGAGUACUGGAUUUACCAUUCCUAAGCAUUCUAUCCUUCUGUCCGUCGGCAGUUUCAAGCACAAAAUGGAGCUCUUGCCCAGUAUGCAAGCUCUAAGUAAGAUGGGCUACAAACUGUACGCUAGUAUGGGAACUGCUGAUUUCUACACUGAACAUGGAGUUGAUGUGGAGCCCGUCCAGUGGACGUUUGAGAACUUGGAGGCGACGGACGAGGAGAAGGGCGAGCUGAAGCACCUCGCCGACUUCCUGGCCAAGAAGCAGUUCGAGCUCGUCAUCAACCUGCCCAUGCGCAAUGGUGGCGCCCGGCGCGUGUCCUCGUUCGUGACGCACGGCUACCGCACGCGGCGCCUCGCUGUGGACUACUCCGUGCCGCUCGUCACCGACGUCAAGUGCGCCAAGCUGCUCGUCGAGGCCAUGCUGCGCAUCGGGGUGGCUUCUCCGCCCAUGAAGACCCACACGGACUGCGCGUCGUCCAGCACGAUGGUCCGCCUCCCCGGUCUCAUUGAUGUCCACGUGCACGUGCGGGAGCCGGGCGCCACGCACAAGGAGGACUACUCGAGCUGCACUUCAGCCGCCUUGGCUGGCGGUGUCACCAUCAUUUGCGCCAUGCCCAACACUCAGCCAGCCAUCACUGAUGCUUCUGCCUUCCAGCUUGUGAAGGAGCUGGCGGCCUCAAAGGCAAGAUGUGACUAUGCUGUGUUUGUCGGAGCAUCAUCAGAGAACUUCUCAACAGUCCGAGAGCUGGCCCCACUGGCUGCAGGCCUCAAGAUGUACUUAAAUGAAACUUUCACCACUUUGAGAUUGAAAGACCUCACCGUUUGGAGAAAACACAUGGAUGCGUGGCCUCACAAAUCGCCAUUAUGUGUCCAUGCAGAGGGCCAGACCACAGCUGCUGUUCUCCUCUUGGCCACAUUCCACAAUCGCCCCAUUCAUGUUUGUCAUGUUGCCCGUAAAGAGGAAAUUCAGAUUAUUCGUGCAGCUAAGGAGAAGGGCUUACCGGUCACUUGUGAAGUGUGUCCGCAUCAUCUGUUUAUGUCAGAAAAGGAUGUGAAGCAGCUUGGUGAGAAAAAGAGCCGAGUAAAACCGAACUUGGUAACAGAGGAAGAUCAGCGAGCCUUGUGGGAAAACCUGGACAUUAUUGACUGCUUUGCAACUGACCAUGCUCCUCACACAGUAGAGGAAAAGGAUUCUGAAAACGCCCCACCUGGUUUCCCCGGAUUGGAAACUAUGCUGCCACUUCUCCUGACCGCUGUUCAUGAAGGCAAAUUGACUCUGGAGGACAUUAAGGACAAAUUGUACCGCAAUCCCCGGCGUAUAUUUAAUUUGCCAGAACAGCCUAACACUUAUGUAGAAGUGAAUAUGGAUGCAGAAUGGACAAUUCCUGAAGUCCCUCCAUUCAGCAAAGCCCGCUGGACUCCUUUUGCUGGAAGAAAAGUUCGUGGUUGCGUGCAAAGGGUUGUCCUUCGAGGAGAGGUUGCUUAUGUGGAUGGUCAAGUACUUGUCCCCCCUGGAUUUGGACAAGAUGUCCGAGAACUUCAAAACAGGAAACAGCCAUUGCUUAGUGCAUAUACUUCAUCAGCCCCUGCUGUCAAUUACUAUGCUGACCCUAUUUUGCCAAGUAGUCGUCCAUCUUCUGCCAUGGACUUCGACCGCUCACAGAUUUUGAGGGAAAUGGAUGAUUCUCAUAGACAUGAAAAUGGAUUGGAUGGCUCACAUGAACGUCUCCACCACUUAACACCAGAUCCUCAAUCAAUCAACAGAUGUUCAUCACCCUUGUUAAACCACACACACUCACGCAUCCGUUACAAUAGUGAGUCCAGCCUAUAUCCUGGAGCUGGGGGUCAAACUACUUCUCUGAUUGGUGCUCAUGUGCUCAGUGUAAAAAUGUUCUCCAAAGACCAUCUCAAUGAAAUAUUUAACUUGGCACAAACUAUGAGAGCAUUUGUGUUGAAGGAGAGAAAUCUAGACCAUAUUCUGAAGGGGAAAAUUAUGGCAUCAAUAUUUUAUGAAGUUUCCACUCGCACCAGCUGUAGUUUUUCUGCAGCAAUGUUGCGCUUAGGUGGUCAAGUCAUUCACAUGGAUGAAACUUCCUCAUCAGUGAAGAAGGGUGAAACUCUAGAGGAUUCUGUGGCUGUGAUGGCUGGGUACUCAGAUGUUGUGGUUUUACGUCAUCCAGAGCCUGGUGCAGUGAAUAAAGCAUCUGCUCAUUGUCGCAAGCCAUUAAUAAAUGCUGGAGACGGAAUUGGAGAGCAUCCAACUCAAGCAUUGCUAGAUGUCUUUACCAUUCGAGAGGAGAUUGGUACAGUAAAUGGCCUCACUAUUACAAUGGUGGGAGACCUGCUGCAUGGCCGUACCGUUCACUCUCUGGCUCGUUUGCUCACUCUUUACAACAUUCAAUUGCGUUACGUUGCCCCUCCUGGUCUCGGAAUGCCUCAGCAUGUUGUUGAUUUUGUCAAGAGUAAAGGCAUCCCUCAAGAAAGUUAUACUACUUUGGAGAGUGCCUUACCCGAAACAGAUGUUUUAUAUGUGACUAGAAUUCAAAAGGAACGCUUUGCUUCCCAGGAAGAAUAUGAAAAGGUCAAAGGGUCCUAUGUUGUCACCCCCAAGCUCAUGACACGUGCCAAGCGUAAAAUGAUUGUCAUGCAUCCUUUGCCCAGAGUUGAUGAGAUAAGUGCGGAGUUUGAUUCUGACCCAAGGGCAGCGUACUUCAGACAAGCUGAGGGUGGAAUGUAUAUCCGUAUGGCACUUCUUGCAAUGGUUAUGGGGCGCUGUUGAAAGUUAACAUGUGUUACAGCCAUAAAACUGUUUCCUUUCACAUACUCGCUUUAAAUGAAUUAUUUUUGAUGUGAAAGUUGUACAGACAUUUUUGCAAUUGUCAUUUCA